GCGGCUCCGUCCCGUCGGGGUCGUUUUGGCCCCUCGCGGACGGCUGGAGGUGUUCGGGGGCUGACGAGCCUUUUCAUGCCUUUCUGAAUUGUCCUCGUCGCUGAGAUGAUUUUUCCUCUGCUGUCAGACGCGCACCUGAUGCUAGCCUCAGGAAGUCUACAAUGAUUUAACCCCUGAAAAUCGUUUGAGGUUCCACAUUCUAAGAACUAACCUGCAUUACAUGCAGAAACUUUCCGAAAAACAAUGGCCAGGUUGUUGCAAACUCCACCCAAGUUUCAUCCCUCAGAAUGGGAUAUUGCAAACAAGAUGCAGUGUGCCAGUACAGAGUCUCAGAAAUCCAGGUCAGAGUGCAUGAUAUCUGAGAGUCAGAGGCUGCUGGAUGAAAUAAAAAAGACAACUCAGAAAACCCAAAGUGGUGUCAACAAAAAAAUAGAACAGAGACGGGAAGAAAUUAAAUUCUGGAAACAAGAAUUGGACAAAAAACAUGAACAAAUUGUUCAUGAGACAGAGGUACUGUUGACUUUUAAGACUAGGCUGGAGAAAUCUUUGGAGAGCUGCAAAGAGCCACUCGUCAUUGCCCAAAAGUGUCUCCUGAACAGGCAGAGGCGAGCUGGGAUUGAAUUGGUGCAUGAUGAAGUGGAACAGGAACUGGUGAAGGAAGCUGAAGUCCUUCAGGGGGUUAUUGCUUUGCUUGGACGUACAUUGGAACAAACCAAUGAGCAAAUCAGACUAAACCGAUCAGCAAAAUACAGUCUGGAAAUGGAUCUGAAGGACAAGUUCACAGCUUUGAUGAUUGAUGAUUACUGUGCUAGUCUGACAAACAACAUUCCUGAUACCAGAUAUGCUGAUAAUGCAGUGAAAAUUGAAGGAAAUUUUGUUAGCCCUGAAGACUGGAUAGAUUUCUCAAACAUGAACAUUGAAAAGGCCAACGAGCAGAGAAACAAUUCUUUGGCACUGAGGGCACUGAUUGAUGGCAUCUUCUUGCAGACAGCAAAUGACAUGCGCAAGCAAUGUGAGAUGGUGAAUGUUGCAUUUAGAAAAAGGGUGAAGGAAGUCAAGGAUGCCAAGCACAAGCUAGAGACACUCCUUGCAAUGGUGAUAGAUGAGACUGCCUCACAGGAGAAGAACAUUGCAGCCUUAAAGAAAGCAAUCGCUGAUGAAGAAGGACCUUUUAAAGUGGCUCAAACCCGCUUGGAAUCAAGAAACCAUCGCCCCAAUGUGGAAUUGUGUUAUGAUACAGUGCAAUACAGGCUGACUAGUGAAGUUCAAGAAAUUGCAAAAAAUAUUCAAAGAUUAAAGGACACACUGGCACAGGCUGAGACAGAGCUGAAAGGUCUGAGCCGUCGACAGCUUUCCUUGGAGGAGGAGAUCCAGGUCAAGGAGAAUACACUGUACAUUGAUGAAGUGCUCUGCAUGCAAAUGAGAGAGUCCAUUUGUAUUAACAGCUUCUGAAGCCAUCACACUGGGAGACAGUGUGUGCCUCAAAGAGCCAGCUCCUGCUGAAAUUUUAUUGAUGAACCUCCAGAUUCAUUGGUUUGGCUCAGUGUUGUCCUGGUUCUAGUUGUGCAAGGUAAUUAAAACAGACCUAGUACUUCCA